AUUGCUACCGUUGCCGCGCUCUUCGGCCGCAAGUCCCGCGGAUGCUGUUGCGCUGAUGCGGCAGUGCUCGUGGGAGUGAGAGUGUUCGGGGGGCGGGAGAGUGGUUGAUCGCCGGAGUCUUAUCAUAGCGCAGACCCAGGACGUUGCCGCCGUCUUCGUCGUGCGCCUCUUUCUUUCUUUCCUCGUUUCCUCGCGUCGUCUAAAUACUCGAGGAGCGCUUCGGCUCUUUGAUCAUCUUUCGGUCGUUUGUUCGUGCGCUCGCUUCGUCUUCUUCUUCGCUUCUCCCCCCGGAAGCUCGUGGGGUUUGAUUCCAACAGACCGCGUUGGCACUGCAUUCGGCGUUGACACGUCCGGUUAGUGGAGCGGUGGUAUCAUUUUGCAGAUUAAGUAAAGCAGGGCCUCGGUUCACGUCGCUCUUCUUGAGGCGGUCUCGAUUGGUUGGGCUGGCAGGCUGACUGAUUGAUUGAUUGAUAAAUCGGACUCGAAAAUAGUUUGGUGAGACUCGAUGGCUGCUCGGGAUGGCGGUUCGGAAGGUCAAGGUCUAGGAUGGGCCGAUCAAUGGGACUACAAGUUUAAUGACACCAACAAGGGAGAUCUCGCAGUGUCGAGCCAGAAGCCUACGAAGAAGGAGAAGCUGGCAGAGGUCAACAAGAAGAUGAAAGCUGCUGCCAGUACGGGGUUCCAAAAGGCCAAGGUUGUUGCCACCGUGGGCGCGCAGAAGGUCAAGAGUGGGUCGUCCGCUGGCGUAAGAUGGAUGAAGGAGCAGUACGAGAAGCGAAAAGCCACCAAGGCCUGAUGAUGAUUCGUGGAGGUGUCAAUGUUGAGAAAAUGUUUCAUUUGUGGGGACGCAGUUAGACUUGCACUAACUGAUGGGAACGCGUAGCGGUAAACGUAGGAAGGGAAACUUCUCUCACCUCUACAGCCAUGAGCCAGGUUGUACAGAGUUUGCACUUCUUCUCUAUUGCCGGAGAUCGCAUACGGCCCCAGCUCUGAACUUUACGAACCGAUUGUUCCGGAAGAGUCUGCUCUCACAGCUUGAUACGCGAGAAGGAUUUGUUAACUUCACUAUGGUGAUCUUAUCAUCCUAGCAAUCGUUCCUGCCAGUUGGUUUUGUGCUCACGGCCAUCUAGCCUUAAUGACGUCGUUUAGUAAGGUUCAGUUCGCGUUCAAGCGGCUUCUCUGUAAAUCUAAAAAGUGCCGUGCCGUGCACACAUCGAAAAUAGGUAUAGGCUGCGUCAGUGAUAGGAGUGUGAGUUAGGUAGUUUUGGUGGAUCGAUCUAGAUUUCUAUCGAGAGGUGUGAUGCCCGUGCUCUCUACGGAAAUCUAUAUCUGAUAUUUUCUCGACUUGGAUCACAGAUCGACUUUCGAUCUUUCUCAAUCACGCACGAUUGUGUCGUUGACAUUUUGUUAAGUAUCGUUAACCCCAUUCUUUUAUAAAUAAUGCUCAUCUGAGAGUUUUAAAUGGU